UUAGAAUAAGACAAGAAAAUGAACAAAGAAGAUCAAAUUUUUGAAAAACUAAACAUUCUUUGGUACAACAUUGAUGAAUCCGGCCGGAUACUACAUUUUGAGACCAAUAGUCCCGGCGUCUAUGUAUAUCGAAAUAUAUUAGAAUUGGACAAAGUCUACAUUGGCUCUACGGCGACUCUGAGUAAAAGAACAAAACGACACCAAUCGGAGGUGGCUCAAGGGAAAGGCUCAUGUCCUCGAUUCUACAAUGCUGUACGUAAACAUGGUUGGUCACAAUUUCAAUUUGGAGUCUUAGAGUAUGUAUCAAACUUAUUUGAGUUAAUUGCGAGAGAACAGUAUUUUUUUGAUUGAAUACUCCCCAUUAUAAUGUCAAUAAACUGGCGGGCUCCAUGCGUGGAUUUAAGCAUUCGGCCGAGUUUUCACAAAAAAUACGAGCGGCUAGACUUGGUAAAAAACAUAGUGUUGACACAAAAGCAAAGAUAAGCCGAUCUCUUCUCAAAAAAGUACGAUGCUUGAGGCGACGUCAGCCGCAGGCCUUUUAGACGAUAACACACUUACCCAAAUGAGUACUGCUAUUGUGACUUCACAAAAAAGCCAAAGCGAAGUUCGCUGUCAAUGCAACACCGGGCUAAAUUAAGCAAAGCUAUGCUGGGCAAGAAUUAGCUGCUGGAAAACGCGCCCACUUUCAGAAGAACAUAAAGCCAAGAUUCGUGAUGCUAUGAUUGGGGGAAAGCGUGGUCCACUUUCGGAAGAACAUAAAGCUAAGAUUCGUGAUGCUUUAAUUGGUAAAAAACACAAGAUCUGAUUUGUUUAAAUUUUUGGCGCCUCAGAGACUUUACGUCAAGCAGGCUUGAGCGCUUCGCGCCAUAUCUCAAGGUUGAAGAGAAAGUCCAAAUGCGAGGUAACGAUCGCCCUACUGUCUCCAACAUGGACUCAGUGAAAUUGAAUUCUCCGUGAAGAUGCGGAGUACCAGCGGCUAGACGGUAAGACCCCGUGCACCUUUACUAUAACUUUGCAGUGAUAGCCUUGAUUGAAUGUGUAGGAUAGGUGGGAGACUUUUGUCGUCCUUGAAAUACCACCCUUUCGUCAGAGGAUAUCUAACUGCCAUUUUUAGGCAGGACACUGCAUGGUGGGUAGUUUGCCUGGGGCGGGCGCCUCCUAAAGAGUAACGGAGGCGUGCGAAGGUAGGCUCAAGCUGGAAAAAUACCAGCUUUGGAAUGCAAUGGUAUAAGCCUGCCUGACUGUGAGACCUACAAGUCGAACAGAGACGAAAGUCGGCCAUAGUGAUCCGGGAGUCCCGUGCGGAAGGGCUCUCGCUCAACGGAUCAAAGGUACGCCGGGGAUGAAACUGUUGUCCCAUUUUUUGGUAACAAAAAAAUAGCGUACCUGUGUUGCUAUCAUUCGCAACAUACUUAAAAUAAUCGGGUGAAUUGCAAAAACAAGACCAUGCAUCACUGCUGCGCACAUGCAAGCAGCGUGCAUUGUCUGGUCUCAAUUUGCAGCGAAGCUUGUUAAAAAGAGAUGGAUGCUUUACAAAAGAAAGCAGGUGUAAACAAGAACGUUCAACGACUAGGGAAUGAGGAAUCUCUUGCCAAUAAGUUCCCCACGAGCGCCCGACUGCUCUAAACAUAAUAUUACUCAACAUGUGUAUAAGCAAAGAUCAAAUUGGUUCUAGUCGAAAAUUUUUACGUCAGUAUAAAGAAAAACUUACUUCUUUAAGUCAGAUAGAGUUUGAAAAUGCUAUAGGCCUUUGUUUAGGUGAUGUUAGUCUUCAAAAGUCUGUAUCCAAUCAUGAAGAAUUUCGUAUCAAAUUUGAAUGGGGAGAUAAGCACAAAGAUUAUGCUUUUCAUGUGUAUAAUAUUUUUCAAAGAUGGUGCUUAUCAGAAACAAAACGAAUUGAGCGACGAAAUGCUAACGGCAAGAUUGUUGUAAGCUGGCGAUUUCAAACAAUAACUCAUAGGGCUUUUCUACCUCUUGCUAAUCUAUUUUUAGACGCAGAGCGUAAUUACCGAAAAAGCAUACGACCGGGUAUUGUGAAAGACCACUUAACAGAUCGUGCUUUUGCUUAUUGGUAUAUGGACGAUGGUAGUAUCGCUUCAAAAAACCGACUUGGUACAGUACUCCAUACACAAGGCUUCGAUCUUUCUGAAGUUCAAAUACUAUGCCAAGAGUUAACCGAGAAAUUUGCUUUGAAGUGUUGGCCUAAGCUAAAUAAGGGAAAGUAUUGUAUAGUAAUUUCUGGACAUAGUUUUGAUAUUAUUAUCUCACUACUGUCCCCUUGGGUGAUCCCGCAAAUGGCUCACAAAUUACCAAGAAGAUCUCAAAGUCGUGAAGCUGAAAGGUCGAUAGAGUAAGGCGCGAACUAGAUGUUACAGUGCUAAUGGAAAGUGAUAUUGUUUAGUUUAGAGUAGAUGACAUAGUCUGAACUGAAUGGUGACAUUCAGAGAGCUUACUUCCUUAAACGCACAACGGUGUUGCGAAGCAUAAACGCGAAGCAACUUAAGAAAGGCAAGCCAUAACAAAAUGAACAGGCUGAUGACUCCCAAGAGCUCAUAUCGACGGAGUCGUUUGGCACCUCGAUGAAAUCAACUUCGCGCUUAUGCGCGGUCUCAAUUGUCGAGGAGAAAACGGGUUAAUUGUCAAGAACGUCUCUUUUUGAACAAAAGAGAUAACUUGCAGCGAAGCUCAUCAAGGCACGAAGUAUGUGUGCAUAACAUGCAUAUGGGAUUUGAUGAGAACGUUCAACGACUAGGAGAUGAGCAUGCCAGCAAUAUAUCUCGGUGAUUUUUCUAGGCUAAGUGCGCAGCACACUCGGUUUUUUAUUCAAAUCGAGUCGCGUUCUUCGAACCUUUCCAUAAAAACGCGCACCUCGCAGGAAAUUACCCCGCCAAUCGGUGGCCACGAGCGCCCGUUUGCUAUUUUAUUUGCAUGAAAUUAAUAUGAAAAAAAUAGUAAAAGACAUAGUCUGAGCUGCCCUGUGAAGGGCAGAUAUAUAAGAUAAAGAGCUUAUAUGAUAACAAUACUGGUCGACUUGAAUAAAAUUGGGUCCAUAAGGUGCGUGAGCCCUUAUGCAAAUUUGGCUUAUAACGGUGAACCCUAAGGUGUAAUACUCAACUACAUUAUGGCAAUACCGUGCGAAGUUUUAAGAAUGAAAUAUGCUAACAACAAAACAAGAGGCUGCGCAGCAGUUGGAAGCUUAUUAGGUGAUACACACAUAGAAUACAAUGGAAAAAUUGUCGUGCACGUUUUUAUCAUAAUAUAGCCCAACUAGAAUAUCUAGAGUGGAAACAUAAGAUGUUAGAACCCUAUUCGGGUACAAUAUCUAAAUAUACUAUUUAUGAUAAACGAACUCAGAAGACUUAUAAAAAAGCACGUUUUUAUACUUACACACUGCCUCUUUUUUCUACUUAUCGAGAACUAUUUUAUCAAAAAGGAAAAAAGAUCGCUCCCACAAAUAGAAAAUCAAUUUUCCAUUCUAGUUUAGCAUUGGCUGUUUGGUAUCUAGAUGACGGCUCUCUGAAAACAGAUUGUCAGGCUUUUAAACUUCAUACAAACAACUUUACAUUAGUUGAAGUUGAGAUGUUAAAAGAUACACUCGAACUAAAUUUUGAUGUAAAAAGCAAACUUCACAAACAAAGAAAGAACUUUCUAUUGGAAGUAAACAUUCAGAAGCAAAGAAAUUUAGUCAGGUUAUUCGACCUCUGGUUGAGUCAGAGAUACCAAGUAUGCUUUAUAAAUUCUUUUAACCGUGUAACGACUGAAGAAAUAAGAAAUCUAAUCAAUAAUGUGGGGGCUUUCAAUAUCAAAGUCUUUUUUAGACUAAAUUACAAAAUGUGAGCGCAAACGAACGUUUGCUGUUUUCGAAAGCCCGUUCUUUAGAUUUCUUAGAGUAUGAGAUGAAAAAAAAUGGCACGAAGAGGUUACUUUAAUAAAAAGCGAAGCGGACUGCAAUUAGAAAAUAACGUAAUAGUAGCGAUACUCUUUUCGCAAAUUUUAGCCUGUCUUUUUCGCUUAAGCGCUUCUUCUAACCACAAAUUUCAUAAUACGCCAAACUCUUGCACUUCGUCUGUGCAAGAUGAUGAUAUAGUCUAUGCCUGCGGAAACGUAGGAUUAACAUGCAUCACAUCCUGGAGCUGAAGAAGGUUCCAAGGGUUCGGUUGUUCGCCGAUGAAAGUGGUAAACUCAUUGCCGUGAUUAAAAGAACAAAAUUUUAGUCUUAUUAUUUAACUAUAUGCGGGAAUACCAAGCAGGUAAAUCCGCAGGGCGCGAAGCGACGCGCCCCAGAGACUUUAAGUUAGAUUCCCA